AUGUUAAAACCACUGUCGUUCAUCCUACUAUUUGUCUACCUGGCUUAUGGCAAUGAAUCAUGUGACCGGAAGGAGAUGGAAGAUACAAUAUGUAGCCUCUGUGGACAAAGAAAAGGAAAUCAUCUAACUGGAUCAGGUAAACAAGUUGCAUUUUAUGCAUCCAUGUCUAGCAACGUCCAGAUCAAGACAUUUUCCAAAUAUAAAAUAUUUGUUUAUGAUCGUGUUGAGACAAACAUUGGAAACGGAUAUGACGCCAAAUCGGGAAAAUUCAUCGCUCCAGAAAGCGGGGUUUACGUCAUACACACAACGACUGUUGCGUUCGAUAGAUCCUACAGCAUUAUAGAAAUAGUACAAAAUGGCGUCAUUAGGGACGUGGGAUUGGCUGACGCCUACAACCACAGCGACAGAGCUUCUUCCUCUACCUUAACAAUUUUGAAUUUGAAGAAAGGAGAUGUCGUAAAUACUAGAGUCGGCUCAUCCUAUGGAGGACACUACCUAGAGAGCAACACAUGGGCGCGAAUGAGUUUCUCCGGAUUUAAACUCAUGUAAAAUGAA